GUUUUCCUGAGUUUCACAAGAUAGAUCAGUAACAAUAGGAAUCUAGAAACAGCUCACAGUGAUUUCUCUCAGUGACUCAAAAUCUCCGCAUAGCUUCCAUUGUCACUGCAACCACACUCACUAUCUUGCUUACCCUAAUAAGCUAUCACCUUUCUCACAAUCAACCUCAUCUUUCUUUUCUCUUUCUCUCUCUGCAUUCCAACAAAAGUUGAAGCAAUUGUGUUCAGAGAAUGUGAGAUUCUUUGGUUCAAAGCUAAACUUCUCAUUAGUGUUAUUUUUAUUAUCUUUCACUUCUUUUUGUUAUCGACGUUUCACCUUUUCUCUUUCUCUACUGGCUCAUCUUUUGGUUGAUGUUCUUCUUUCCCAACAAACCCCAACCUUUAAGAUUUGGUUUUUCCAUCAAUGUGUAAUGCAAAAUCGAAAAUUUCCGCAAACCCGUUUCAACUGCGGAUCUCAAUUUCACGGGACACACCCCAUUGCUCGGAUUUUCCUGUGAUCGAGAUCUAGGGUUUCUGCUUUCCCUUUUCAAAACUUUUGAUUAAUCAGCACUCUCCAGUUCGUCUGGUUCCGAUUCUUCCUUCAUGGGUUCGAUUUUCGUCUGAUAGGUUCGUAAACAGUUGAUUUCAGCUUCUGAGUCGCAAUGCUCAAGCAAAUCCUCAGCAAGCUUCCUCGGAAGUCGUUGAAACCCGACUCGGACGAGUCGUCUUGGGGUGACUCCGGGCUUUCAGCCGAUUCGCCACGCGUUGCCGGUAAAAGCCAAAGACCACAUGGCGGCAGUUCCACCGCUGCGAAGCGAGCUUCGUCAUCGGCGGUGUUUCCGGCGAGCAUGGUGUCCGGAUUUGAACCUUUGGUGCCGUUUAAGGAUGUUGCUAAUGCUGAGAAGAUGAACCUGUUCGUGAGCAAGUUGAGCCUUUGUUGUGUAACGUUUGAUUUCAGUGACCCUAGUAAGAGCGUUGCAGAUAAAGAUGUGAAAAGAAAGACUUUGGUUGAGCUUGUUGAUUUUGUGGCUUGUGGGACAAUGAAGUUUAGUGAACCUGCUAUUCUUGCUUUGUGUAGAAUGUGCGCUUUCAAUUUGUUUAGAGUUUUCCCUCCUAAUUAUAGGACAUGUGGUGGUGAAAAUGAUGAUGAUGAACCUAUGUUUGAUCCUGCAUGGCCACAUUUGCAACUUGUGUAUGAAUUGCUGCUCAAGUUUAUCUCUUCUUCGUGCCUCGAUGCGAAGGUGGCGAAAAAGUAUAUUGAUCAUUCGUUUAUUGCCAGAUUGCUUGAGUUGUUUGAUUCGGAGGAUCCUAGGGAAAGGGAUUGCUUGAAGGCAAUUCUGCAUAGGAUUUAUGGGAAGUUCAUGGUGCAUAGACCCUAUAUUCGGAAAUCUAUUAACAACAUAUUUUAUCGGUUUGUGUUUGAGACUGAGAAGCACAGUGGGAUUGGUGAGUUGUUGGAAAUUUUUGGGAGUGUGAUUACUGGGUUUGCUUUACCCUUGAAAGAGGAACAUAAAAUCUUCUUGUGGAGAGUUUUGGUCCCCUUGCACAAGCCGAAAUCAAUUGCGGUCUACUUUCAGCAAUUGUCCUACUGUGUUAUGCAGUUUAUAGAAAAGGAGCCCAAGUUAGCGAGCAUUGUCAUAAGGGGCUUGUUGAAAUAUUGGCCAGCAACAAAUAGUCAGAAAGAGGUGAUCUUUCUGGGUGAACUGGAAGAAAUUUUGGAAGUAAUUAACAUGGUAGAGUUCCAGAGGAUCAUGGUUCCUUUGUUUUGGCGGAUUGGAUGCUGCAUAAACAGCUUACACUUUCAGGUAGCUGAAAGGGCCCUUUUCUUAUGGAACAAUGAUCACAUUGUCAACUUGAUUGCACAUAACCGGCAAGUGAUCCUGCCCAUCGUCUUUCCAGCUUUAGAUAGGAAUGUUCAAGGCCAUUGGAACCCGGCAGUUGUCAACCUAACUCACAAUAUUAGAAAGAUGUUCUUGGAGAUGGAUGAAAAGCUCUUCAUUUAUUGUCAUAAUCACUUUAAGGAGGAAGAAACAAUCUUGACCUCUGCAGCAGAGAAGCGGAAGGAGGCAUGGAAACAACUAGAGCAUGCCGCCAGUCUCAGGCCUGUUACUGGAAAUACUGCAGUGUUAGUGUCCUGACUUGUAUUGCAUACUGCACAUUCUCAAUCCUCUUUUCACUUGUCUCAUGUUAUGGUGGAAAACUAUAAGAAAUGUGGAAUAGCUGGUAUUGGGAUUAGCAUUUUGUUUUUGAAUCCUAUGUUCUAUGAUGCUUCUGGUACCAGAUGAAGAAGUGAGAGGGUUUUCAUUGGGACUGUGGUACAUGACGAGGACCAUGCAGUGAAUUAACUCAUUUUCUGUGUAACUUUAUUUCCAGAAGCUUCUGUGUAUGUCGUGCUUGUACUUUACAUUACAGUCACCAGGCACAAGUCUUGAUCCCAAAUCAAGGACUCAAGCUCUCCUGUAUUAACUAUCAUGGCCAACAAGCACACCCGAGAUUAAGUAUUAGCUAGUUAUAAUAACAAAAAUUGAACAGUUCCGUCCUUGGAUUCUGUAAUUUUCUUUUUGAAAAUGCAAAUUGAUGGAUGGUUACUUUCACCAGAACAGUCCCGAGUACUAUUCAAUUAAGCAAAAUUUUAUUAUCCAA